AUGCCCAUCACACAGAACGGCGUAGAACUCAGCGUUGAGAUUUCGGCAAAGGCCGCCGAGAAGAUCAAGUAUUUCGCUGACAAAGAAGGUAUCGAGGACAACGUGGGCCUGCGCGUCGCCGUCAAGGGCGGCGGCUGCUCCGGCCUCACCUAUGACCUGACCAUCACCAACCAGGAGCGCGAGUCGGACAAGAUCGUCGAGCAAUUUGGCGUCAAGGUGAUGGUGGACAAGAAGUCCUACAUCUACCUCGUCGGCACCCAGUUGGACUUUUCCGACGGCCUCAACGGCAAGGGCUUCAUCUUCGAGAACCCCAACGCCAAGAAGGCCUGCGGCUGCGGCACCUCGUUCGCCGUGUAG